UAUUCAUCCGACGGAAGCGAGAAGCUUAUGCCAUUAGCAUGAGAGAAUUUGUAGACAAUCAUCAUAAGCUAAUAAAUGAGAUCUAUUAUUGACUGAGCGAGACAAUCAGUCGAUUAGUAGCCGUAGCCUGGAGAGGAUGCGAAUUCGCAAUAUGGAGGGGAGAUUCCGGGGAAUAUCCCAACAAAUGAAGUCAUGGCGGGAUGUCGAGCGAGGUACCUCCUGUGGAAGUUCGAUGACAAAUCCACAAUCAUAAAGCGCGAACCCCUCCCGGGCAUAUACAUCGAUGUAAUUCUUCGUCUCAUCAAUGUAUCGCCGAAGUCUAGUUCGGAUAACCUCAGUGUCGCCUACCCCUCCCUCGAGUCGCAUAGCUUCCCGCCUUUCCUCGCUGCAAUCCCAUUUCCAGCCGCUUCAAUCCUAUAUCGCACCUCGAACCCCGCGCUCGUUUCCCCGCAGCAUCAGCACCAUGACCAUCCCAAGCACCCAGAAAGCUAUUGUCGUCGAGAAGACCGGCGGCCCCGAGGUCCUCGAGGUCCGAUCGGACUACCCCGUCCCCACCCCAAAAGAAGGCCAACUCCUCGUGAAGAACCAAAUCUGCGGCAUCAACUACAUCGAUACCUACUUCCGGACAGGCCUCUACCCCUCCGAGAAGCCAGAAGUCCUAGGCCGUGAGGCCGUCGGCACCGUCGUCGCCCUCGGUCCCGGCGAGAACCCGUACAACUUCCAAGUUGGCGAUCGUGUCGCCUGGAUGGCUACCAGCGGGUAUGCGGAGUAUUCCGCCGUGCCCCAGCUGAAGACGGUGAAGGUACCCAAGGAGAUCUCGGAUGAGGACGUGAUGGCUUCGUUCCUGAGCGGCUUGACGGUUCUGUCGUUUGUCAAGGAAACGUACCCCGUUCAAAAGGGUGACUGGGUCCUGCUUCAUGCCGCUGCUGGUGGUGCUGGGUUCCUCAUGACUCAAAUCCUGAAGUCAAUCGGGGCUACGGUUAUUGGGACAGCUGGAGGCCCGGAGAAGGUUGAGCUGGUGAAGAGUUUGGGCGCGGACUAUGUGAUUGAUUAUCGCAGCGAAGAAGGAAAGGACUGGGUCAAGAAGGUGAAGGAGAUUACCAAUGGUAGGGGUGUGGAUGUUGUGUAUGACUCUGUUGGAAAGGAUACAUGGGAAGGCAGCUUGGAGGCCGUGAAGCGCAAGGGGACAAUCGUCUGGUUUGGAAAUGCCAGUGGUCCUGUCCCCCCUCUGCCCCUACCCAAACUUAGCCCUAAGUGUGUCAAGAUCGCCCGACCGACUCUGUUCGGCUACAUCGAGACUCGAGAAGAGUUCGAGUUCUAUGUCAAUGAGCUGUUCGGUCUUCUCAAGUCCGGUGAGCUGAAGGUCAAGGUUCACAAGGUUUAUCCUCUGGAUCAAGUCGCACAGGCGCAUACUGAUCUAGAGAGCCGAAAGACCACCGGAAAGCUGCUACUGAAGGCAUAGAUGACCGGGACCAAUAGGCCGUCUAAAUAAAUGCUAACUGCAGCGAAUCUCUAAUGUAUCAAGCCUGAAUACCCACCAAAGCCCCAUACCACAAGUUCUGGAAGGACCAUGCUCCGUUACUCAGCUUCGGCUUCAUCGUCAUCCUGGUCUGCAUCUUUGGCGGCCAACUCCCGAGGCUUCUUCCAUCCUAUCAUGAGAUCAUUGGGAAGCGAUGUGUAGAUAGAAGAGUAAGCCCUGAUAAUGUCCUCGAAGUAGUGGAAUCCGCAAUUCAGUUCCCAAAUACGGGCGAUGAUCUUCAUUCCAGGGUAACAAUGCUGAAGCAAGCUCUCCUCCAAGAAGAACGUAAACUCCUCCAUAGGACGGUCCCCAUUGAUCCACUGCUCUUGCUCAGCCGGGGAGAGAUCACGCCCGGGCAUAUCGGGAUCGUAGUAGGUUUUUCCGUACAGCUUUCCGACAGGGUUAAGGUCAGGGG